AUGCUCUCUCGGGAGAGUCCGGCAGAGGGGGCACUGUGGGCCCCUGCUGCUACUGCUGCUGCUGCUGCUGCUGCUGCUGCUGCUGAGGAGCGUUUCAGCUGCGGGGCCGGCUGGCCAAGUGCAGCAGCAGAGACUUUGCCGGGUGUCUGUACACCCGACGCAAACUCCGCCGGAGGCGGAGAGGAGCCCACUAGUGCUUCUGAGAGCCGUGGCACUGCAGCAGCAGCAGCAGCAGCAGCUGCUGCUGCUGCUGCUGCUGCUGCGAGGCAGGAAGCAGGGGGCCCCCCCUUCUGGCUGUUUGGAGCUGUUCUGGAUGCCCGGGAAAGGGCUGGGGAGGGAGGGGAGUGGGAGCUGCUGGUGACGGACGGCCUGGAGGUGUUUGCUGCAGUUGCUGCAGCAGCAGCAGCAGCAGCAGUAGUGCAGCAGGUGCAGCAAACUUCGCUGUUUCGCCCGCUGCAGCAGCGGGAGAAGCUCCGGAACGCCCAGGGCCACUUUUUGCUGCAAGUUAAAGGAAAAGAUCCCAAAAAGCAAAAAGUUCAUCUUUUGGCUUUCCGGGCGAAGGCCCCGCGGGAGGAAGUCAAGGAAAAGUUGAAUUUCCUUUUGGCUUUGUUGGCUGCAGAGCAGCAGCAGCAAGUCCUGAGCAGCUGA